CUGUCUACCUAUAAAACUCAGAGUCGAAAUACACACAGAGAAGCUGGUUGGUAUGUAACAUACAUCUGUCUGCAUACAAAACAGUAACAUUAGUAUCUGUUCACUGAAAUCUUCUCUAAAACAUUUAGAAAGAAGAAUCAUGAACAUUAUAAAAAUUAUACUCCUUUGGAUCUCAGCAGCCUUACAAGAAGUUCAAGGUCACAGUACCGAGACGAAAUGCAACGUGCAAAACAAAAUCAUUGAUUGCAGCCAUUCGACCCUGACCAUUAUACCUAGUCACUUACCAGUACACGCAACUAGCAUGGAUUUAAGUAGAAACAGCAUACAAAUAGUCAUAGGUUUUACCUUUCAGUAUUUUAAAAAUCUUACCGAGCUAAAUUUGGGUUAUAAUUUGAUACAAUCAAUCGACAAAAAUGCUUUCCAUGGAUUGCAUCGUCUACAAAGUCUACACCUGGAACACAAUUUCUUACAAGUGUUACCAAUUGGAGUUUUCGACAACCUGAAUUGUUUGCAACAUCUUUGGAUUUACCACAAUUAACUACAAAAUCAACUGGAUGACCAAAUGAAGGAAACGUCAAAGAUCCUAUCACUGAGGACCCUUUCGUUUGACAUACAUCAAGAUUUCAAGUUUCCUAGCAAGUGGUCCACAUUAAGUAAUUUGACUCACGUGGAGAUUUUCCCAAAAUCGGUAAAAGUGCAAUUCAACAAGGAAAUGUUCGCUCAUAUUAAGAUAAUACCUAUAAUGUCUUUGUACUUAGAUGUUGUGCCCUCUAUAUCGGAAGAUUUUUUCUACCAUUUUCCUAAAUUGGAUUCAAUAACAUUAGAUUUAGGUGGCAGUUUACCAACAAAUCCAAUAAAUGAAGUAUUCAGAUCUUUUGGGGUUUUGAGGAGAAGGAACAUGACAAAUAUUAAAAUAGAAAAUAGUAGAUUUAGUAAUGCAUUUACCUUAAAUCACAACAAAAUGAAGUAUUUAUCAACCAUUUGUUUGAAACGACUGACAUUGCACAAUUUAUACAUUAAAUCUAUAGGUCUUUAUGCGUUACAGAAAUUUUCUUAUGAGAGCAAAUGUCUUGAAUUCCUACAAGUUUCAAAAAAUAUCAUUCUCAGCCAGGAAGUUUCUCCUUUAUUCAUUUGCCAUAACUUUGAAAAUUUGAAAGUUUUUAAACUUAUUGAUAAUAGGCGUUUUCUAAGAUGUAAACGCUCGGCACCAAUAUACGUCAAUAUCAUUUUACCAAAAACUCUAGAAGAGUUGUACAUAGAAAACAACAUAAACGAUAAUUUGCCCAGUAUUAUAUUAAACAACAGUCUAAAUUUGCGAGUGCUAAGCUUGAAGGACAAUAAAAUAUGGUCUUGUAAAGGAAUUUUAAAAGGAGGUUUGAGGGUGGAGUAUUUUGAUAUGUCGGGUUGGACAUGCAUACAACUGUCAAUCAAUUUGCUAUAUGGUUUUCCAAAUUUAAAGACACUGAAAGCAAGUGGAUCACAUCUAGGACAAGGAUUCAUAAACACUGCUCACGCGGGGUCUUUUUUAAGUGAGACGCUGAGAAUUCGAGAUAUAAACUUGUCAUCUAAUAAAAUAACCACUAUACCAAAAGGAUUCUUUAUGCACCAGUUUGAGCAGUUAUCAUCACUUAAUAUGUCGCAUAACAAUCUAACAAUAUUUCCUAAAUUUCAUUCCACUGUUAAAACAUUAAAUCUCAUUGAUUUGACCUUUAACAGUAUAACGCAUUUCGUAGACACUGACAUAGAUCAAAUUGAAAAGCUUGGCGAAGUGGAUUUACUCUUGAAAGGAAAUCUCUUUCAAUGUUCUUGUAAAACUUUACAGUUUUUGAAGUGGUUGAGUAAGUCAAAACGAAUAUUGGAUAUUUUAGAUGUAAAAUGUGUAACUGAUACGGCAUCUCGCACUUUUAUGUUUGAAAUUAUUUCCGAUCUAAAACAAUUUGAAAUCUCCUGCAGAACCAAAUUCUGGUUGCCAUUUGCUGUGUCAUUAACCUCCAUGAUCAUAUUUGCUAUGAUAUUAAUCGUUAUAUUCUUUCGAUAUAAAUAUGCUUUUGAGUACUUUUUAUUGAGAUUGAAAAUGAACAUGAAAAAUUACAAAGACUUGAGGCAGGAAUACACUUAUGAUGCUUUUAUAUCAUAUAGCCAUGCAGAUGUGGAAUGGGUUAAACGGUUCCAUGACAAACUCAGCAGUAUGGGCUUCGAAUUAUGCCUGGACGCCAAGGAUUUUAUUGCUGGUAAUAGUAUAGCAGAAAAUGUUAUUAAUGCAAUCGAUUCUAGCAGAAAGGUUAUAUUUAUUAUAACUCAUAAUUUCUUGAAGAGUAAUUGGGGGUCGUAUGAGAUAGAAAUGACUCGUAUGCAUGCUUUUCAGAAAGGAAGAAAAGACAUGGUGAUUAUAGUGGUAAAGGAUGAGAUUGAAGUUAAUGAAAUUCCACAUGUAAUGAAAGAAAUGUGGUUUAAAAUUAUAUGUAUCCAGUGGCCAAAUGAUGAUAAUCUGCCGUACAAUACGGAGGAUAUUUUUUAUGACAAGAUGAAGAUUUCUCCAAAACGGAAGGAAGAAACGACCAGAAAUUUAGUUGUAUAGAACUGUGGUCACCAUUCCAAUACAAUAAGCAACAUUUGAGUAAAUUUCUUGCACAUAAAGCAGAUAUUUUUUUUUUAUAAAAAUAAGGAGAUGUGGUAUGAUUACCAAUGAGACAUUAUCCACCAAAGUUCAAAUGAAGUGGAUGCAUGCAAUUAUUUAAUUGUUUAAAAAAUGAAUGACAUCUUAAGUAUAGUAUAGGAUUAUAUUACUUCAAAACCUCUUAACGAUUUGACUGUAGAAAUUGGAAAACUAUUGAAUUAACAAAAUGUAUUUUUGUAUUAAUAAUCAAGAUAUUAAAGUAACACUGAAGUACAGUA